CCUCGUUAGGGCCCGGCACCGUGGGCAUCCAUGGGGACUCGCAGCUCUACUUCCUCACCUCAGCUUUUAUGACCAUGGUGCUGAUUUUUCUUCACACCUUCUGGGGGAUCCUCUUCUUCCAUGGCUGUGAGCACCGGCGCUGGUGGGAGAUUGCAGCGGUCGUUGUCAUGCACCUUGCUGUUUCAGGAUCGACAUUCUGCAACCCCCUGUAUGUGGGCAGCCUGGUGCCCUCCUACCUGCUGAUGGCCGCUGCCGCUGCCUGGGCUUACCUGCUCUCGGGGGGAUCUGCCCAGAACCUGCGGCGCUUCCUGCUCUGUCUACAGAGCGGAGCCAGCCCCCAGCCGGCAUCCUGA